AUGAACCUCGAGACGAGACUCACUGGUACUCUAAACGACGUUCUUCGAACGUCCGGCUACAUUUUUGAAAUCAUCAACAACAAUAAGCGCCAGAGCAAUCUCAUCACAGGACCCAACAACCAACUAAUACCGCCUCCGAUCACUGCACAGCUAGCGGCGAGUGUGGCCCAGUUUGAUCUGAUUUUGGAUGACACAGUGAGCAAGUUCAACGAUGCUCGGUGGUGCGUGGAGCAAAUUGUGGAGAAUAAGCAGAAGCAGGAGGAGCUUCGGAUCCAGGAAGAGAUAGAGAGGAAGAAGAGACUUGAGGAACAGAGGAGGCGAGAAGAAGAGGAGAAGAAGCGAAGAGAAGAAGAAGAAGCAAGGCGCAAAGAGGAGGAAGAGCGCAGAGAGAAGGAGGCCAAGGAGCAAGAAGAAAGGGCUAGACAGGAGAGAGAGCGGCUUGAAAGGGAGAAACAGGAGAAGGAGAGGAAGGAGCUUGAGGAGAAACAGAGACGGGAGGAACAGGAGCGCAACAAUAGCAACAAUAAUAAUAACGACUUGGAUAUGAUGGACACGGGCCUUGAUUUUGACAUGGAUCUCGACAAGGGCGUGCCAGGAAUACCCAAUCCGUCAGAUAUCCUUUCCUCUAUCAGCUACAAGGGCCCUGGUGGCGACAAGAAUGACAAGAAUAAGGACCCUAUGGAUCUUGGCUUGAACAGCAUUCUCGGAGAAGGCCAGGACUUUGACGAUUUGAACAUGGAUCUCUUGGGCCAAGAGUUUGAUGCAGGCGGCGUCAACCCAGAUGAGGAGUUCGAUGUCGACAACUUUUUGAACCAAUUUGGCAACGACUGA